AUGUGUAAAGUGUGGAAGUCUGGGAUAAGACCGUGCUUGCCCUUAGGAGUAGCAGUCAGAUUUGGAGGAGCUAGUCAAGAUGAGAGAUAUGCUUUCAUCGCUGAAUGGUAUGACCCAAGUGCUUCACUCUUUCGGCGUUAUGAACUUCUGUAUUAUCCGAAAGAUUCAUCAAUUGAAAUGUACGAUGUGAAGAACCGUCGCACGUUUCUGAGGCGCACCAAGUACGAGAGCUUGCACCUCGAGGAUCUCUAUGUGGGCAGCAAGGUCACCGUGUUCUCCCGACACCUCACCAUAGUGGACUACGGCAAUCUGUACACGUCCCGCAAGCUUGGGAGCCGCAAAGAGAGAACGCUGGCUUUGAUUAAACCUGAUGGAAUGCGUAAAAUUGGAGAAUUAUUUGAUAUCAUUAUUAAUGCAGGAUUGACAAUAACUAAGGCCAAAAUGAUGCUGCUUUCAAGAAAAGAAGCAGCUGAUUUCUAUGCUGAUCAUCGAGCAAAACCUUAUUAUCAUGAGCUUCUCCAGUUAAUAAUGAGUGGCCCCAUCCUGGCUAUGGAGCUCUUAGGAGAUGAUGCAGUGAGUAAGUGGAGAGCAAUGGUGGGGCCAGCAAACCCUACAGCGACUGAGAGUGAUACACUGGACAGCAUCUCAGAAAGCUUUGGACAUAUUGGCCUCAGAGAUGCAGCUCAUGGCCCAGAUUCAGUUGCUUCAGCUGCUAAAGAGCUGGAGUUGUUCUUUCCCUCCAGUGGAGGUCGUGGACCAGUCAGCAGUGCAAAAUUCACAAACUGUACUUGUUGCAUUAUUAAGCCUCAUGCUGUUAAUGAAGGUAAGCAAUGCAGAUAGCAGACGAGAAAGCAG